AUGAGGCAAGAUUUCUCCUUGUCCAUCCGUGGGCAGCCUCCCCUUCGAAACGUGUUUCCCUGCACCAGAGCUUUCCGUAGAAACAUAUCAAGCAUGUUUCCCUGCACCGGAGCUUUCCGUAGACAGCCAAUUGGCAGCGGGUGCACUGCAUUGCUUGUUGCGGCACUGAGAGGCGACUGGAAAGCAGGAAAGGAAUUCCUAUAUGGCAGGAUCACGGGAAAUUUGGAGACUGCUCUCCAUAUAGCGGCAGGCGGGGGACACAGGGAAUUUGUUGAGGAACUGGUGAAGAUGAUGAUGCCCAAUGAAUUGGAAAUGCAGAACAAGGUUGGGAACACUGCCCUCGUGUUCACCACUGCAUCUGGAGUUAGAGAGAUAGCCAUGGCAAUGGUCAAGAAGAAUCCUCAGCUUCCACUGAUUCGGGACAGCAACGAGUCAAUGCCCUUGUGCAUUGCGGCCCUGUCAGGGAACAAGACAUGUGACAACGCAUGGUGUCUUGUCCGUCCGUCCGCCCGCCCGCCCGCCUCUGCAACCCCGCCAUGCGCUCCAGCUGCUAAGCCGGUGAGCGAGCGAUCCACCAAAAUCAAGAAAACCCAAACCCACUUCCCCUCCGGCCAAUGCGAUCCCGAUCUCGUCCCCGAAUCCCGCUCCGCAACCAUCCCUUCUGAUCCUCAUGGCCCGCAAAUCUUCCCUCCUCAAGCAAGCCCUGAUCUUGGUCCUCCUCCUCCUCACCCUCUUCUACAUGCCGGUGUUCUCCUCGCUGAGCUUGAUUGUGAAUCGGGGCCGCCCCCGGGGACGGAUCCGGCGUACAGCGACGAGGAGAUGCAGGAGGAGGUGGUGAAGUGGUGGGAGGGUCAGGAGUAUUGGAAGAGGAACAAUGGGCGGGAUCACGUUAUCAUUGCUCAGGACCCGAAUGCGCUGUGCCGGGUUGUGGAUCGCAUUAAGAAUGCGGUUCUCUUGGUGUCGGAAUUCGGGCGGUUGAAGCCGGACCAGGUCUCACUGGUGAAAUAUGUGAUGUUGCCGUAUUCGCAUCGGAUUAACACUUAAAAUGGUGAUAUCGGGAUCGAGAAACGCAAGACUUUGUUGUUCUUUAUGGAAAACCGUUUCCGAAAAGAGUAACAAAUGUACACAAAAGGCCCCAAAAACUUACGCUCUAGCUGCAAAUACUGGAAGGGAGCCGAGGAGAAGCCACGGAG